AUGGAUCACGCUGGCCCAGAGAGCUACAAAGACCCUGGCGGAGGGCCUGCGAUGACAGCAGACUGGGAGAAUAGUGAGUCCCUGUGUCCAGACAAGGAGCAGAAGAGAUCCAACUCCUGCAUGGUCGUGGAUGAUCUGAGCCAAAAUUGUAACUGGUCCCAGUGCUCCAUCUCUCGCUCCCUGCAGAGGGCUGAGAGUUUGCUCAGAAGCACCUUUAACCCCAGCCUGAGGUGGCUGUUCCAGGACCACAGUCAGGAUGAGGAGGAGAAAAACUUUGUGGUCGCCCACAACUUGGUGUCCCGGUCCUCUGUGCGUCUCCAGCGUCUCCAGCAGUUUCUUCUGGCUGUGGCCAGCCAGUGGCAGCUGGUGGGUGGGCCACCCAUGGGCUCUCCCCAGGUCUGUUUUAAGGGCCUUCCGCCCGAAGGUGGCGUUGUUCUGCACUCGCCCUCCAUCCAGGGGCAGUACAGGGCUCUGAAGAGGCUCCUGGAGCAGCGAUCUCUGCUGCUGUUCGUACAUGAGUACAGCCGGAGGGUCCGCCUGGCAGCUGCACACGUGUGCAGGGUCAACAACCUGCUGGAGCAGCUCCUGACCACCGCAGCCCCUCCACAGAACCAGACCCCCUCCAGCUGCUCUUCGCUGAGCGUUGGCCUCAGUUCCCUGAGUCAGGAGCUCCGAGUCCACCUCAACCACUGGUGCCGCCUGUCCGCUAAAGUCUACUCCGACCCCACCCUGAGACAGGCGCUCGUGCACCAGGGCAGGCUGUUGGAGGACAUGAAGCAGACUCUGGACCUGCUCGGCCUGCAGCUCCUCGUUCUGAUGGAGCAGUACGUGUUCGCCGUGCUUUCGGCCGUGGGCAGGACCCAGUCGGACUCCGUGCCCAGAGAAGUUCUGGAGGACAUUUUGACGGGCACGGAGCUGUACAACCAGGUGGUGGAGGAGCACCGGGGGCAGCACGCCGCCUCCCAGCUGAGGAUAGCAGUUCUACAGCAGGCACACUAUCCCACAGUCUUUACCAGCCUCCCAACGGCUCCCAGGUACCAUCCCUCUGUUUUCUCAGUCAAAGACCUAAUGACCGUUUUUACCAUGCAUCAAGCAGAAAUGGUCGCUAAGCAGCUACACAGCUGGACCUGCGAGCAGAACCCACGCAUCAUUAAAGUCCCCACCAGCCCCAAAGGACGCCCUGCUGGCUGCGGCUGUUGGGCCUCCAUGCUGAGGCCCGAGUGGACCUGGGACCAGCUACAACAUGGCUACCUAACUCCGGCCCCUGACCCCUUCGGCAGUCAACCCACGCUGAGGUUCUCCCCUCCCGUUCACGUCUCCGACCGUCAUUCGGACACCGUUAGCUCGGAGAACCAGCAAAGCACUUUGGCCGCGCCCAGCUUCAUCCAGCAGCGAGCAAAGCGCCCGGGAAAAAAAGGCCGAACACGCACCCCCCAGCCUCAGCUAGCGCAGAGCAGAGUUGAAACUUUGGACUCAGUCCAGACAAAUGCCCAAAGAAAAAUCCUUUUUGGGAACGAUGAAAUACUGCAAACACCCCACCGCCCUGACGCGCCUUUCAACGGUCCCGCCGCCCUCCCGCAGUUGAACAAUUCUUCAGUGGAGCUGCUCUUCCAGGUGCUCGUUUCCUCCAGCGACCUGCUGGCCCCCCUGGUCCCUCACAGAGCCACCGUGGACGAGCCGGCCGAGAGGCUGCUGCUGACCACAGUUCCCGACACGGCCAGGGCCGACAGCGCUCCGGGCCAGAACACGGCUCAUCCAUCCGGGUCGAACAAAGAGACUCCCAAAGGGAGCCAAAAGUGCCAAAAUUCAGGCGGAGCCUCGCUGUACCGCGCUGAGCGGGAUUUAACGACAAGGCCAAAAGUCACGAGCAGCUCUGGAUUUCCGGGGGAUGGUGACCCCGAGAAGGAGGAUCGAGUCGGAGCACAGGAAACGCUGGCCGAGCCAGGGGACGUCCACUGGCCACACUCCGUGCAGUGGCUGGACCUGGGUCAGUCCCUGCUGCUGGCCGAUCUGCGCGGAGAGUACAACAAUCUGCUCUGGAACCUCUGCAGCAAGGCGUUUAGCCUCAAACUGCAUGUACCGCAGGCAGGAAGUCACUCUGAAAGCAUCAACGUUCAAGGCAACCACGGAGCCUUCAGAGUCCUGCACAGGAUAACACAGGCUUUAGAGACAGGUCGGCUUCCAGUGGAGUGCAAAACCAUGCUGGAGAAUUUCAGUCUCCAUCUGCUGGCCGUGUGGGCGCACGCUGUCUGGGACUGUGUGGCGUGCAGAAGUUUAGGCUCGGCGCUGAAAGACAAGUGUCUCAGAAAUGAUGGCACCUGUUUUACGGCUCCAUUGGUCACGUCAGAUACCAUGGAAAACAUGCUGCUGCUGCUCCCACCCCUCAUGUCAUCUCUGUGCCGCCUUCAGCCAAACAGCCCGGCUUCAGGUUCUUUUGGCCUCCUCCCAUCCAGGUCUGCACUACAGAGACAGACGGUCAGCCUGCUGUUAGCCUCGGUGCAGUUGUCCACCGUGUGGGUGAUGACCAAGGCAUACCAGUUCCUCUCAUCCUGGAGUCUCAAUAAAUUCCUUCUGGUCACGCAGGGAGACAUGAAGAUGCUGAUGGAGUCACUGGACACGGUGAAGCAGCAGACUGGGUCCGUGGUGGUCCCCGUAGACGCGGAUCACCAUCCCACUGCCCUCAGACACAACCAGCAUCUGCUGAAGCAGCAACUGGAGGCACUAGAUGGGGCUCUCUCCCGCCUGCAGACCUUCUCGUCUUUGGUGCUGAGGACCUUCUCCACUGACUGCAAGCGGAUGUCCGGGGAGAUCUUCGAGCGCACCAUGCCCUCUGCCGUCCACUGGAGACCCAACCACAGGACAGGAUUCCCCAGCUGUCCGAGCGCAUACGCAUCACAGGCAGCUGAAUCUGUGAUUGGUCAGGUCUUAGAGGGCGUGGAGCCUUUGCCUGACGAUGCACGAGACCAAGCGCUGAGCAUCACAAUGACUGCUUUCAUGGAGGCAUGGAUGGAACACAUCUUGAAACAAAAGAUCAAAUUCAGUGUGCAGGGCGCUCUGCAGCUGAAGCAGGACUUUGAUUCCAUCCGAGAGCUGAUCCAGUCCGACAGAUACGGGCUGUCGGCUGAGCUGCACCAGCGCCUCCUCAGCCUCAGGGUUUUUCAGCAGGUGGACUCAGCGGUGACCUGUCUGCUCCAGCAGCCCCAGGCUAAGCCCUACCAGCAGUGCACGGCCUGGGAGCCUUUCAGGCAUUGCUGUCCAGCCGACAGGGGCAGGGACAGCAUCGACACCCCAGUGGCCACCAACAUAACCAACCUGGGCUGUGUGGAGUGCGAGGAGCCGCCACAGUCCGAUCCUUCAGUGGUGACCAGUGACCUCCACGCAGUGGACCAGUCCACCUCCGCAGAGCCCUAUCUCGCCCCAAGUCUGGCUCUGGGUCCUGUCCAGCAGGAGUGGCUGGACCUCAGGAUCCAGAGCGGCGCUCGUCGCUGGAGGCUGCCCUCCUUGCAGUGUCUGUCCAAGGCCGAACCCUGA